AUGGGUAAGAAGCAUUCUUCAAUGGUAUGGGACAUGAAGACCAUGUUCCAUUGUAGUAUAGUCAUGUUCUUCCUUGGAGGAGUAGCAACUUUAAGCUUUUAUAGAAACAAUAACCAAGAAGCACUGAGUAGCAACACUAAGGCUACUCAUACUAAUGCAACUACAAUUACAUCUACAACUGCAAAUGCAAAUAUAGAUGAUAUUAGUAAAAAGAACAGGACACAAGGUUUUGAUCAUCAAAGAAGGCGGAAAAUCGCACCACCUUCCCUAAUAGAAACCUGUGAUUUGUUCUCCGGCAGAUGGGUUCAUGAUAACAAGAGUCAUUAUCCAUUGUAUAAAGAAGAUGAAUGCCCUUUAAUGCAUGGUGAUUUAGCUUGCCAAACGCUUGAUGGCAAAGCAAUAGUAGAGAGACUAAAGGGUAAAAGGCUAUUGUUUGUGGGGGAUUCGGUAAACAGGAACCAAUGGGAUUCAAUGAUGUGCAUGCUUUAUUCUUCAAUCCCAGGGAAAAAGAAACUUAAGCUUGGUCUCAAUCGUACCUUGUACAGCUUUCAGGCCAGGGACUACAAUAUGUCCAUUGACUACUACUGGGCUCCGAUGCUGGUCGAAUCUAAUGGUGAUGAUCCAUCAAAUCAUAGCCUUAACCAUCGAACGGUUCGAAUCGAAUCCAUUGAGAAACAUGCUAGGCAUUGGGUUGAUGCAGAUAUAGUUGUAUUUAAUACAUAUCUGUGGUGGAGAUUACCCAUUAUAAGACUCUUGAAGGGUCCUGGAUCAGUGUUGGGUGGUCCUAAUCAAGUGUACGAUGAAAUCGAUAAUGUGCGUGCGUAUAAGAAGGUUCUCAAAACAUGGUCUAAAUGGGUACUUACACAUAUUAAUCCGGCGAAGACGAAGAUGUUCUUCAUGGGCCUUACAGCAACUCAUUCAAAAGCUAAAGAUUGGGGAGGGAAGAACCAGGAAACAUGUUACAAAGAGACAGAGCCGGUGACACUUGACGGAUUCUGGGAAAGUGGAACGAUUCCACAAAUGCUAAGAAUAUUAGAGUCAUCAUUGAACAAGUUGAAAGCCAAAGGGGUGAAUGUACAACUGAUAAACAUAACACAACUAACACAAUAUCGAAAAGAUGCACACCCUACGGUUUAUCGGAGACUAUGGCGUCCCUUAACGGAAGAGCAAAAAAACAACCCACAACUUCUAGCAGUGUUUAAGGGGCUUUUCGGGAGCUUUACGGGUCACCAGAGUGAAAACGGGACCACCGGGACGCGAAACGGGUCAACCGGACUCAAGUUAGUGGAAAAAUGGAGAAACAGACUUCUGGGCACCGUCGCCGACGCCCAUAUGGGUCGUCGCCGACGGUUACAGGUAGUGUAUGCAUACGAGAAACUUCGGGAGGACUUCACCGUUAGUCUACGAACCGGAAAUCGAUAG